AUGACCAAGUAUCGCUAUUUCAACGAUUCCCUUCUCUUACAGAUCUAUGCUCUUUACAAAGGGGACGACGUUCUCCGUUUGGAUGCCGAGUGUGCUGAAGGGAACAAUCCACAUCCAAAGAAUCUCAUUCAAGGUUCAAUCUACCUAAGCGUCGGCUCAUUCUUCAUCACUUUGUACGCAUUUUGUCUGAUUGCAAUGGCACAAGAAAAGUUUAUGAAAAUCAUUUGCUACAGAAUAUUAUUUGUCGUCGGUUUUGUCGAUAUUUUCAGUCUGGUUCCAAGCUCGAUUUUGCCCGGCUAUUUUCUGGUGAUGGGCUACUCGUUUUGCGACAGUCCACUGCUGAAUCUCUGGAUUGCAACACUGUGCUUCGCCGAUUGGUGCGUCUAUUGUGCGUUGAGUGUGGUGUUGGGGGUAAAUCGCUGUGUCGAUUUUAUCGGUCCCCAGUUGCAGCAGAUUGCUAUUCAAUGCUUUGGGAUUUGCACGACGGUGAUGAUCACCGGCAUUUUCUAUUGUACAAUUUGCUCGGGUUUCAUCGUGCUUCCUCCAAUCAUGUACCUCGUCACUAAUGGCUCGUGGCAAUUCUCGAACAGUUCAAUGGCGAUUUUCUAUAUGGUGGUAAACAAAUCGAUGCGUAGAGAAGUGCUCAAACUUAUCUACCGAAUCACCCCGUUGGGAAGAAUUCAGCGAUACAAAGUCACCUCAUCGUCAAAUCAGACUGCU